GGCACUUCAUUAGUCUUGCUGUCAUUUAGCAGCGGCGUCUUCGCAAUACCACGCAUAUAAUUCUCGAGCUGUCACUAUUAAGGGACCAACGAGCAGCGGUCGUAGACAUCCCACUUGUCGUAACUUCCCGUCACAGCUCCCAUCAUGAGUGCAGUGCCACACACACGCACGAGUUCAUCGCCGAUCAAAAGCACGACCUAUGCAUCGAGAGUUGGCUCUUACUUCAGAUACCUCUCCAACAUCGUCCGCUUCACGUUCUCUGAACGGGUCACAGAUGCAACAUUGUGCUAUGGGUGUCAGAAGUUAAAGCGCCGUCUGCUUAGACCUGAGAUCUAUCUAGGAAAACGCCUUCUCAUCCACAAAGAUUUUGAAGAAUUGUCGAAGUGUGCAGACAGCUUUUGCGAUUUGUGCAAGUUCCUCCGUCGCGAGUAUCUGUUUCAACCCGAGUUUCUGUUUAACCAACACCCGUACCAUCGAUAUCGCGUUAGCGAGAAACCUAUCUUUGUGUAUAACGACGCUGGAUGGCACGCGAAUGCAGAUCACGACCUGAAUCAAAGAUUGUUUGAGUUCAGAAAACAUUUUUACAGCACAACUACAGAAGCCAGCUUCCAUGACCACGAGACCCUCCGCAAUGCCCAGCCUGGCACAUCUUUAUCACUUGAGCACUGUAGGCGAUGGCUGGCGAUCUGCAGUGACACCCACAAAAUAUGCGGGCCUCUGUCUGAAGCCGGCUCGAAAUUUCUUCCUACCAGACUCGUUUACGUGGGACAGAAACGAAAGGACACCCUCAGGCUAGUGAUCACCGCAGAUCUUGCAAACACCACGAUCGACAAUUAUGCCACGCUUAGUUACUGUUGGGGCCAGGCAAACGUCGCAGCGUGUACCACGAAGGCUAAUUUUGACGAGAGACUCCAUGGGAUCCCAAUUGCUUCAUUGCCGGAAACCAUAUUGAACGCAAUCGAGAUUACGCGCGCGUUACGAGUAGGGUACAUAUGGAUCGAUGCGCUCUGCAUCAUUCAAGACCCCGAUGGUGCAGACUGGCAGCGCGAGGUCCAUAACAUGGGAAGCAUCUACAAACAAUCGUUGUUCACGAUCGCAGCAAGUUCGGCUCGUGAUAGUAGUACGGGGCUCUUUGGAAGAAAAGACUGGGCGCUCUUGCCAGCCCAAGAAUACUGUCUCGAGGACACCAAAAGUCACAAUCGUGGCUACUUGCAACCCAGUCGGCCACAGUGGCACAUGGACACAGAGCCACUUGCUCGAAGAGGUUGGGCAAUGCAAGAACGUCUACUUGCCUCACGCACAUUGUUUUGGUCAAGUAAAGGUGUCUUUUGGGAAUGUAAUCAGAUGAGAGAAUCUGAGUUUUCAUCUUUUGAACGGGAGCCUUUGCAUACAAGGUAUACCGGUAGUCCGGAGUUACCAAGUCUUCGGAGUCUAGCCUGGGCAAUCUUGUUUCCGAAGCUCCAGGUCACACGUUGGAUACAUCUAGUGGUCUUGUUCUGUAAGUUGGAACUCACUGUACCCUCAGACAAGCUCCCAGCAAUAUCCGGUUUAGGAUCAGAGCUUGCAAGGAUGAAUGGACAAGAGUUCACAUUGGGAGUCUGGACAAAAAAUUUGGUCGUGGAGCUUGCCUGGGCAUCUAAUCACUCAGAUACAUCUAUCAUGGCACAUGCGAUGUCUGUAGGUAGAUCCGCAGUCCGAUUCACAAAUGCGCCGUCAUGGUCUUGGGCAUCUGUCAGCGCUCGGCCAAGAUUUGUCGUUGAGUGGCUGCACGAAGCAGGUAGUAAAAUAGAGAAGCCCACUAUUCUAACCAAGAUACAAGAUGCACAAUUGCAUCUGCGUGGCCGGCUUGGUAGCCUGGAUUUGGUCUCUUUAGAUACCACGCGAUCGACUCAUCCCAGUCGGUCGUUCAUAUUCACCCCAAAGAGAGCCCCGAAGGAUCGACGAUCACAAGAUUACGUCUUAGAGCACGCUACAUUUGACACUCAUGUAGACAAACUUCCUGGAGAGGGUGGGACCGUCCGAUGCCUCGAAUGGAUGAGUUGGACUGGGUAUCGAGGUCAGCCAUAUUGGGCUUACGGCAACCUGACUGACACUAUCGAUACCACCAUCCGUUGGAUUCUUAGAGUAACUGGAGCCAUCAUCCUGGCUCCAGUUGACGGACAACAGCAUACAUUCCGCAGAAUCGGCUGGCUGGAGGUACUUGAUACGGACUUUUUUGACGCCGAACCUCAGGAGAUCAUUCUUGUCUAAUCUCAGCGUUCGCACUCAGCGCGCAGGGACAGGAGCUUGGCCGGCACUCAUUGCCUCACGCGACCUUCUCCAACGAUCAUACAGUCGUUGCUGGGUCUUAGCUUCAAGGAAAUUGCAUAGUGCAACGCUCUCCAAAGGCCGGCAUCUCUCGGGAACGACCUCUAUGGGUGAAAAUAUGUCGAAUUCACCAAGAUUCCUCACAGUGGUUGAUGCAUACCCACCGCAUUGCCGGUUCCGAGGACACUGGAUUCAGAUAUACUAUCUGGGGUAGCCUUCUCGUUGACAAUAAGCUGCACCUCUGAUGCGAAGCCUCGAGGGUUCUUGACCUGUAGAAUUGUGUGAGGAUGGCGCCACUGUUAUCAUCACAAGCCCCGUGAAUCCACCACUUCGCGAAUUCCUCACAGCCUAACACACC